UGGUAGGUAUCUACCGGGUGACACGUAACUCAAGUUAAAGGUGCCAUGCAGGCCUCGUUGGCAACGUCAGACUUCACUUUUUUCGCAAAACUUGUGUAAGUUGUGUCGGAGAAACAACCAUCUGCAAGGAAAAGGAGUGAGCGAGUCGUUUUUUGCAACGUUACAUCAACCGUGGCUCAUCAAGUCAAAAAAUCUGAGCAACCACUUUGUCGUAAAGCGAGGCACGCUACGAAUGACGGUUGUCGUUUGAAAGUAAUGUUUACACCAGUCCAUGUUUCGUCUUUAACUCAUUUGCUCUGCUUGGAAAAUGUUCCUGGACUAAGGGGCGAGGUGGAAAGUUGAGUCGGGAAGUUUCCUGCUGUAGAGACGGGGCUUACGCGCACAAGAGGCGGGGAGGGGCCCGGGUCCAACAUGGGGAACGGGGUUUGUUCGCGAAGGCAGCGGAGAAUCUUUCAAUGUCUCUUGCUGGUUACGGUGGUCUGCGGGCUGAUGUACGGUGGUAUGAUAUCCUACGAGAUGCACAAGCAGUUGAAGAGGACAGAGGCCAUGGCACUGAAGUACCAGCAGCACCAAGAGUCACUGUCGGCGCAGCUCCAAGUGGUGUAUGAACAUCGCUCCAGGCUGGAAAAGUCUCUUCAAAAGGAGAAGUUGGAGCACAAAAAAGCCAAAGAAGAUUACCUGGUUUAUAAGCUUGAAGCACAACAGUCACUGAACAAGGAAAAGCAAGACUCCGGCAGCAGAAUCAGCUCAUUACAAGUGCAACAUCAAAUGUUAAAGAACCAGCACGAUGACUUAAAAAAGCAGUAUUACGAACUGCAGGAGCAGCAUCAAAUGCAGGGAAACGAUCACAGUCGGCUGCUGGAUGAGCACAGAGACCGCUACGAUAAACUGCAGCACGCCAAAGAGGCGGAGGUGGCCCAGCUAAAAGACAGCGUGUAUAAUCUGAGAGAGGAAAAUAAGCAACUCAGGAAGGCUCACCAUGACAUUCACAUGCAGCUGCAGGAUGCACGGGUAAGACAUCAGGACCUGAAGACGGCACACGAUCAGAUUGCACUGACACUGGAAGACCACAAGAAUGCACUAGCAGUUGCUCAGGUGCAAGUGAAUGAAUAUAAACAGCUGAAGGAGUCCCUGAAUAAGGCACCAGACAUGAGACAGCCUCAGCCAAGCUUUGUGCACCAGAAACCAGAUCACAAGUCCCAGCAGGCCCCCAUGUUGGAGCCGCCUAAUAAGGAUACACCCAUCCUAAAAGAUGACCAUGACACAGAAUCUAGGUUGGACCAGCAAAAAGAUGAGGCCCAUGCUCAGUCUGAGGUCCAAUCUCACCCCACCAUGUCCCAGCAUAGCUUGGAGGAGGGAGAGGCAGAGAGGAGGCGGGAGCUGGCAGAGGAGGAGAUGGCCCAAGCCGGCCAGCCUCAAAAGCUGGAGGAGGAGGACCAGGACCAGCGGCCAGAUGAGGAGCAGCUGGAAGACGAUGAGGAAGGCGAGCCAAAAUUGGAACAGCCAGACGAGAACGCCUUGGACAGUCAUAUACAUGAACCACAAAAAGAGGUCCAUCCACAACAUGAGCCGCACAUUCAGGGGGUGGGUGCUAAGUCUGCUUAUGAGCAGCAGCAGGAGCAGCAACGCCUGGAGGCUCAGCGGGCCAAAGAGCGCCGGCUGAUCCAGAUGCAACAGGACGCCCUGCAGGCCCAGAGAGAGAGAGUGCUGAGGGAGAGGGAGGUGAGGCUGAAGGACGAGCAGGAGCGAGAGAAGCAGCAUCAUCAAGAGGCCGACCGACGGGAGCAGCUGCUAAGAGAGGAGCAACAAAGGAAGAAGGCCGAGUACGAAAACUUGGACCAUGAUAUAGUCCAAAGAGAAGAGGCGCACCCUGCUGACAAUGAAGAAGAGAGACAUGCUCAUCUGAUACACGAGGACAAAGUGAAGGCACCUCAACAUCAGCAGGUUGCCAUCGACGGCAGGGAGCUGGACCCUGAGGAUGACCCCAACAACCAGGGAGAGGACGAGUUUGAGGAGGCCGAGGACGAGCAGUCCCAUCACCGGGACAAUGAAUUGGAUGAGGUCGUGGAGGAGGAGGUGGAAGAGGAGGAGCCGGCAGCACGAGCCCAGCACGUAGACUCACACCCAGGCCUCCAGCAUCCUGCUAUGGAGGACGAGCUGGUGAUUGCUGGAAACCCAGAUCAGCAGGAGGACAAUCUGGAUGAGCAGUACCAGGAGGAAGCAGAGGAGGAGGCUCAGGAGGACAUAGCUGGUGGGGAGAAGAAAGAGAAACACGACCGAGGGGAGGAGGAUGGAGAUGACGCCUACAAUGAGGAGAACAUGGAACAGGGACCGCACAAAGAAGAGACCCACGGCAAAGACGCGGAGAACAUCGAGGAAGAGAAUUACGAGGAAGAGGAAGCAGACGAGGACGGUGUUGGUGGAGACAAGGGAACCAAUCAACGAGCAGAGAUGUAAGACAAUAAGCAGCUGCUCACUGAGCUUUUUCUUCCUCAUUUCCAAAAAGGAAGACCACAGCCAUCCUGUCAAGACUCUAAGAAGGUCAGCUGGAGACGUGACAAGGCUGAUGUUGAACUGAUCCGCUUUACACUGUGCAAUGGGACAGUCUUUAAAGUGUGGAGAUGAUUUUGUAAGACUUUCACUACUUUCAUGUGUACAUGAUGGCCCUUUAAAUCCCACACGUGCAGAGAAUGUAAGUUUAUCAAGAUAUGUGUAAAGCAAAUUAGUCACGUUAAGUGUGUCUUCAUUUAUUUAUUGUUCAUUGAUUGUGACGCCUCUGACAAUCAUAAAAUGCAACUCUUACCUUUUUUUUUUUUUAAUGUUAUUUUUGACCAGUUUCAUGACACUGAGAUAAGAGCUGGAUUCUGCACUAACCGGUCCAAAAAGCUGUUUCUGUGUCAUGCCAGCAUGUGCCUUUCCAUUCCCACACCCUCAGAUUCCUUUUGCUUUGACAUGAGUUUAGGAGUGAAGUUGAAGUACAGGUUGUAGACCAGCCAAUGUUUUCCUUGCCUUAUUGUAAAAUACAUACAGGUACAUUGUCUGCUAUAUUACAUGUUUACUGCUGAUGUGGAAAUACAUUCACAAGCCUCAUGCGAUGUUCUGCCAGACCGUCUACUACACAAUGUACAGUAAAAUAUAUGUUGCUAAUUUGUAUAUUUUUUAACUGUUAUUGAAACAAAAGUGGGAUUUUAAUGACAUGUUUUGUCAGCUGAUUUUGUGGAAUAAAGAUGAUUUCAGUUAUGU